CCGGUAGAAGCGGACGAGGAGGGACCCAGCAGGACAGGGAGGGACAGGCGGUGCCCACGGCCCCAGCACCCACCGAAGAGGCUGCUGCUGAAGCCGUCCCAGACGCAGCCGGCGGCGUCCCACACCCAGCGGCUCCUCAGGCAGGACAUAAAGUGUCUCCACAGAGCUAAGACUCCACACUCAGGAAUCCAAGAAAGCCUUAUCCAGUAAACCUGGCAUCAACCUUGGGUGAAGUAAUAGCAAAGUGGAUCUGGAGAUCAGUAGCUAAAGAACAAUACAAAGAAAUUGAUCAGUGUGACCUACAGAAAAGAUGUCUGGAAAGAAGGGUCAUCAUAAGGAGGGUUGCUUUGCUCUUGAAUUGGUUGAUUUCAAGACUGCUUUGGAGCAGUUCCAGAAUCUAGUUGAAAAAAUGAUCAUCCAGAAGACCAAGGAGAGUUCAGGCUUGUAUACUAAAGAUGAUGAUGAGAUUGAUUAUGAAAAGUUCUAUACAACCACACGAACACUUUUUGGUUCAGCAGUCAAGGAUCAGAAUAUUCAGGCCUUUUUCAGGAAGAUUAUGAGCAACCUUGAUGAAAAGCCAGAGUGGCUUGAGCAAAAAUCUGGCCCUUACUUUGAAUAUGAAGUCUUAAAGAUUUUUGGCUGUUUUAGAGGAGAAAGUGUUGUCGUGCCUUCCCCGUCGAAAGAAAAUAUGGUUUUUCUUGUAUCUGAAAAACAACAGAUUACUCAUUCAGUUGUCAAGAGAAAAGAUGUGAUCAAGGGUAUAGUGAAAGUGCCCCUUCUGCAUCUCACAGUAACAGCCUCUCAGAAAGGACUGCUAACUGUGUUUAACAAACAGAUGAAGGUUUUGACAACCAUCAGUGUUGAAGAUACUGCUUGGAUCACUGGAUGUGAUUUCCUGCCUAAUCUGAAAUAUGUCGUGGCUGUAACUGAAAGCACAAUCAUUCUCUGGGACUAUAAAUCAAAAGAGAGUGAGGGUAAUGGCUUUGUCAUCAAACCAAUGAAAAACUGCCUGCUCUGCGUUUCUACAGUGACUAUGGCAGAUAACCUGGCUAAGGAUACCAUCUUAAUGGGAGAUGAUAAGGGUUAUGUUUAUCUGCUUACUAUCACCACUGAUGACUUCAUAAUGAAACAAUCUAAAGCUGAAAAAGAAUCACAGUUUAAAGUCUUGGACUCUGAAUCUUUUGACACUCCUAAACGCAAGCUGCAUGAUGACUGGGUUGGGAAGAUUAAGUAUUUUCCUGCCCUAAAACGUUUUGGAUCCUGCUCCACAGACAGUAUUAAUUCAUUUGUUUUGGAUGACAUAAAGCGACUGGAGGACCACCUACCUGUAAAGGAAUUUUCUGUCCCAAAAGGAGUAAAUGCCUUCACAUACUGUGGAAAGGCAAAAGUCAUUGUCACUGGAGGUAAUGACAGAAUCCUUCGUUUGUGGAAUCCUGUUGUUAAUUUUAGUCCUACAGGGAAGCUAUUAGGACACAAACAUAGUAUUGUGGAAAUUGUGACAAAUGAGAAAGAUCAACAUGUUAUCAGCCUUUCCUGUGCAAAGGUUUUUCGAGUGUGGGAUAUACAGACUCUUUCACCACUGCAGGUCUUCUAUGAAGAUCAUGGGACUCCAGAAGAGAUGAAUGCCUUUCCCAUGGUAUUUGACAAUGACCAUGGCCUGCUUUUCACAGGUUCAGAUGUCAUUGAUAUUUAUCCCCUAGCUAAUGUGACACAAGAUACAAAAGAGUUGCCUCAGACACAUGAGAAGAGCCUCAACGUUCUGCUUUACAACAGGGCUUUUCACCAGAUUCUCAGCAUUUGCACUGAGUCAAUACUAAAGGUCUGGGACCUAGAAACAGGAUCUCAAAUAUAUCAAAUAGAAGAUGCUCAUGGGCUGAAUACUGAGGUGACCUGUGCAGCCAUUGAAAGAAAUGGCAUUUAUCUUGCUACUGGGGCAUGUGAUGGAACAGUGAAAAUCUGGGAGUUUGAAAGCGGGCAAGAAGUUAAAGCCUUGCAUUUAGCGGAACACAGUGAGGAUGAGCGUCGUGUGCUGAAGAUAGUAUAUUUGAAGGCUGAUGAGGGUCAACAUGCACUUAUUGUUUUGGAGCAGAGAGGGAAGAUAAAAAUCAUUCAGGGUGACUCAGCGCAAACAGAUCUAUAUGUCACAUGGGUGCUUCCUGAGAUAGUGCCAUUUCCACAAAGGAAUCCAGUUGUGUAUCUGUCACUGAAGCCUUCCUCCUUAAAAACACAAGAUUUUUUUCCUGAGAUUCGGCUUCUAUGCAACACCAGUUCCAUGAAAAAUGAUACAGAGACUUUUUUAUCUUCUAUGGAUAUUAGGUGUUUUGAUGUUUUACAAGUAGAAGGAGGCAAAUCGAUAGCUACAGGAAGUGCCAAUGGUGAAAUAAACUUGUGGGAUUUUGAAUCUGGCUCGGUGAAAUGCCUGCGUAAAACUACUGAAGACAACCACGGCUCUGGAGUCAAUGCCAUAUUAUUCCUUGUACAUAGUGUUUCCUCUUCCAGGAAAAGAAGUUCCCUGUCCUCUGCUCCUUCUGUGACGAGUGAUGCCAGUGCUGCUGCAGAGCACAAGGGAAGUUCUUCAGACCAACAUGAGAAAAUCGCGGAAAGUGAUGAAAUUAAUACUGGAAUAAAAACAGCAGAAGAAACAACGGACUGUAAGGACACCCAAAAUCUGGAGAUGAAUGAACAGUUGUUGAAGGCUAGAGCAGGACUAUCACCUCUACUGGCUUCUGCUCAUGAAAGUAGCUGUGUCCGCCUGUGGAGUAUUCAGGGAAACUUGAUGAAAGAACUUCUGCCAUUUUCAGGACAUCCCUCAGGUCCUCUGACAGCACUGUGUACAGACAUCUUCACUAAAAUUCUUUUGACAGGCAGUAAGGAGGGACAUGUUUUUCGCUGGAACAUGGCCUCAUUCUUAGAAGAUUCACGAAAUAGAAAAAAUGCAAUAAAGGAGGAGCUCUGCUGGAGGGCACAUGCUGCUGAAGUGGUUGACUUACUUAUUGAAGAGCAGAAAAAUGUGAUAGUGACAGCAUCCAUUGAUGGUUCGGUUAGGCUUUGGCAUGCCAGGACUGGAUAUUAUUUUGGUUACUUUGGACAAGCCAGGCAGUUUGAAUUAACAGAUACCAGUCGGUUGAUUUUGCCUUCUGAUGUUAAUGAUUUUCCUCCUAUAAUUAAAGAGGAGAGCAAACAUACGGAAAAGAAGAAGGUUGUAUAUCCUCUCGUGCUGGACAGAGACAAGUUGGAGUCACUGACUGAAUCACCUUCAGAUUUAGAAAAGGCUGAACAUGGCAAAGCAGUUCACAGCUUCAAGUUUUUCAGAGCUCUGGCUCCUGAAAAGCUUCAACAUAUGGAAACUUUUGAGUUUGCAAGCAAAGAGGCUGGUGCAAUAUUUGGGUUUCUACCUAUAUAUGAGCAUUCCAGGACGAUGUCACAACAUGUCACAGAGCACAGAACACAUUUUCAUCCUUUGGUUAAGCAUACAAAUGGUGCCAAGUGUCUCACCUUAGUGAGAAAAAAGGCCCUGUUUCCCAGGAAGUGGCUAAACAAACAUCUGCCUACUGGUGGUAAGCAGUACUUAAAUUACUUGUUUUGCUUUGCUUGCACAUGCAGCUUUGCUUCACCUAUUAAGCUGUCUUCAUUGUGGCCCAAGAAUGUUCUCACUUCUGCUCUUCCACAUCUCUUCUCUAUCCCACUGGGAGAAGUAAGGAAGCAAGCAAGAAACUGGGCAGGCACUCGGUGUCUGCCAGGGUCAGCCCACCACAUUAGCCAACCUUGUGAUCAGAACUAAAAUCAGACUUGUCUGACAAACCAAGUGGCACCAAAUAAAGUGCCAUCUGCCAUUUACUACUUGUGUUCACUUCCUCUCAUCCAUGAUUUAGCAGUUAGGAUAUGAAAGGUAACAUUCUUGCAAUUCUGAGUCCUGUAUCAUUUUGAAAGCUACAAAAAGUCUCUUUCAGUUACCUAAAAUGGCCUGGUCUUCAAAGACUAUUAAAAAUGCACAGUUCAGGUUCAAAGAGAUCCUUACCCAUUUAUUUUGAUGCUUGUAUGUGGUAUGUUUUAUCAUACGUAAUUAAUAUUUUGUCUUUGGAAUUGUCCCUAAUAAUCGGCCUAAAUUAUUUUACUCUUGUUGCAAGAUGCAGAUAUCCCACUUCUCUUCAGUUUAUUAACUAUUUACUUCCUCAAAACUGACUAUUUACUUAAUAUUUUCUUCUUACCAAACUUUUAGCAGUGCUAGGAUUUCAUAGGUUCUUAAUUUUCAAAUGGUACCCUUUUCAGUCUUGCUUCCUUCUCUGCUCGGUUUUCUUUGUUAAUUGCCUGUGUUCUCUAGGAGUUGACUUGUAGUGGUGGCUAUUCAUGCCAUUAUAUUCUCCACUGUGCAGAAACUAUCCAUAAUGUAACAGUAUUCACAGAAUAAAUUAAGUGUUUAAUGCUACAGUGAGCAAAAUAAUGCACACUCUCAGGAGGGAAUCAUUCCGUAACGAAAACUGUCAAAAAGGCAUAAUGUGUGUGUGCUAUCUUUAUCAGCCUUCCACCCAGUCACUACCUUACUGUUGUGCUAUUUAAAGUGUGACAAAGUUAGAGUGCUAUAAGUGCUAUCAGACCUUUUUUUCCUAAUUCAUUACAUUAAAAAAACCUGGGGUAGAUCAGACUGCAUGUCAUUGCCCAGCAUUACUGUUUACUUCCAAACCCUAGGGCUUUAUAAGCACCACAUGCAAACUGGUCCUUACCCCAAACAUUUUAUACAAUUAUAUUACCCAAAUGUCUUUCUUAAGUGUCAAAAGAAAAGCAGAGACAUUUUAUUUCUUUGAACAGAUAAUCCACUAAAGCAUUGCACAGAAUUUAUUAGAAGAAGAUUUGUUGCUUAUCAUGAGGCUGGAAAGAAAUAAAGCACAGGCAAGUGAUGCUUGCACCCACUCAUCUUACAGCAAUCAUUUCAAUGCUGGGUCUAGUACAAAGGUGUGUGUUAAUUUUUGGGUUGGAUUUUUUGGUAUUAUCUGUGGAUUUCCUCUAUGUUGAUGCAUUCCUUUGCAGGAUGGUUUCUUUCUACCAGCAUCCACAAUUAUAUCGCACUUAGAUGUUCCAGGUGAAUGAGUUUUUCGAUUGUUCCAGAUCGCUACUCUAUUAAGGAAAGGUAUCAUAACAGGACAGCCUCUUCAGCAUGGCAGAAGUUUGUGAUUUUGCUGGCUGCAGUAGUUAGUUUGCCAGAAUUUCAUUACAGCCCUUGCCAGCGCUUUACAAAAUCUGUGACGCUCUUCAGCUGCCCUGACCCACUGGGGCAGUUCAAGCUGAAUGGCAUCAAUGGUGCCAGAACUACGGGAACCAAAAGUCUUUGUUAUGUACCCACCACUAUAAUAGCUUCCGUUAUUUGGGCUAGGAUUGGAUGGAGAAGGCACACAAAAAUAACUCUUAUUUUGUCCUUCAAUAUAUUUACCCAAACUUCUGUUCCCUGCAAACAGAGCCUCAGAAGACACAUUGACCAGCUGACUGGCCAGAUGGCUAAUUGAGGAAUUUGAUGCAGAAAAGACGCCUGAGUUAAGGGAAUUUUUUGAAAGUGUGUAACCUAUUUCUAUCCACCUUUCAGGAUGUGCUUGUCCGUGGAUAUCCAGAAUUAGGCCCCCUGACAUUUGUGAUUUUGCAGUGGUCAAAAAUCCCAUAUAGUCCUCCCAGGCCUGUUCUGCUAGGGGAAUUCCAAAGGAGGCUUCUUCCUUUUCCCUGUUAGCAUCCAUCUUGAACCUCUGUAGGUGGUUUAUGAUGAUAUGUGGGAAGAAGCCAUCAGUAAUUUUGUUGAUCUCUUCAGCAAGAGCCUGAGCCACCUCUAUGGUAUACCUAUCUUGCUUGGUAGACACUUUGCAUUUCAUAGCAUUUUGAAUACUUCCAGGAGGACAGUCAUGAGAGAAAAUACAAGAGGAUGUCUUCGCAUCCCAACAGGCAGCCUCUCGAUCAGGGAUGUCUUUAGGUUCCAUUGACCCACCAUGUGGGACAGAGAGAAUGAGGUUCAUGUUGCCCACUUGAUAUUCUGUGAAAUUAUUAUGACCAAAUAUAACAUCUUUGGUGCCAGUGACUUUCAAAAGCAAAGGUAAAAUGGAAAGGAGGAAUAAAUACAUGUUUUUCAUUUGCUGCUGGAAGACUCAGCAAUAUGGAAUAUAUCAGUACCUACAAAAAAGAAAAACACAGACUCUAGAUUACUUUCAGUUGGGAACACAUGAGACUGUUCAGCUGCUACUGGCAUAAUUAGUUAAUGAUUAACCUAUUUUAGUUUUAUUCCAUGUAGCACAAAGAAGAACACUUAUAUGAGAAACAGAAAUUAACAGGGGACUUAGUAUGGCUAGAUGUAACAGAUGCAAGGGAAAUGGCAGGCUACUGGGCUUCCCCCAUUUCCCUAGAAAGCACAAACAACAUUUGAUCACCCUAUCUGAUUCCAGAGAAUCAUCCCAGCAAAAUAUCUGAUUUUUUUUUUUUUUUGCAUCAAAGCCUCUCUUUUUUCAUCUCUGAAAUGUAAGAAAGUUCUAACAGAAUCUGAUAAAACAUCUCUAUGUCGUUGACCUGUGUGAAAUAUCUUUGUAUUAUCGAUGUGGUUAUAUAAACUAGAGGCUAUGUCAGUCCAGACUAGCACUUGUGUUACCAGGCUUGUGUAAAGUAAUGAGACUGAUAAAAAUUCAUUGCUGCCAAGCUCUCUGUGCUCCAGACUGAGUUACUUUAAGACCUUUAUAGAUAGGUACUGGUAAGUGCAUUAAGUAGUGACCCUGUUCUCUUUAGUUUGCAAGUCUCCAUUCUCUUCAAGUGACCAAAGAUAUUUUAAAGCCCUCACUAAUUAUGCCAUUUUUUGGAAAGCUGGAAUUUAACAAGGUGCUGACAGGCCUUUCUGGUUUGAAGAGAUCUCUAGCAAAAUCAGUGUCUUGAGUGUAACUGUAUCUAGUGGCUGUAACAUGAACCACAGUAAAAUCAGUGCAAUCAGAAUAAAAAUGGAUACUUUUCACUUCCAGGAGUGAAAAAAAAAAAAACCUCCUCAGUAAAGGCCAGAUGAGGAGUAUAUAGCCACAUGCAUUUGCAGAUGAAUCAGGGUACCCUGUUGUCUGGUGCUGUCCUUAUCAUUACAGCACCUGCAGAAAUACAGAGCAUAAGAGGACAGAGAAAGAUGAGAGUAAGAAAGAAGAUCAGCACGAAUCUAUCCCCAACUUCUGGCCUGAGACUAUGUAUGAGAGCAGCCAGUAAUACUGAGAGGGCAGUGAGCACUGUGGAAGCACCUGCCAUCAGCUGCCCACUCUAAGAAAGGGAGAGGGCAACUUCACCCCAAUAACUCAGCAAAAUAUUCUUUUCCUCUAUGAGGGAGUACUGCUGCAUUUUUAGAGACAAUUUCUCCUGCUCACUGCACUGCACACUGAGGAGCCUGUACCUGAAAAAUAAACAUCUAUCUUCUGCUCUUCUUUCUGGGCUGAAAGUCCCAUAAAGUCUGUGAGCUGGAAUCAGAUCUCUGAGAAUCUCAGCUACAGUUUUCCUGUUUAUGACAAAAGAAAUUUUUUGCUCCAUUUUAAGCUUUCAUUUAAAAGGUCAUUUUAGUUGAGCUACUGUCUUAAAACAAGAUUUUAAGCAAGGCCCUGUAUGGUUCAUGUUUCUGCAGACUUCCCUGAAACACAGACACUCACCUGCUACUUCACUGCGUGCUACCAGAAGCACUAAGGAAAAGAAGGCUGUCAAACAUUAUUCAAAAUCCCUUUUCUCAGAAAAAUAAACUACAUAUGCAGAGUG